AUGCCCGCGGUCCCCUACGUCCCCCAGGACGCUGAGAAGGUCGCCAACAUGGUGCGCGCGCUGGACGGCGCAAAGAAAUCCAGCAAGUCCAAGAGCGGCGGCUUCUCGUGCAAGAAGACCUCGUUCGACGUAAAGAGCUCCCAGGACGGCGUCGUCGUCGACUCCUGGAAGAUGCAGGAGUGGGAUUACAAGAAGAGGGACCUGCCCACGUACGCCCGAGGCCUCUUCACAACAAAGAACCGCAGCAACGAGCCCGAGAUCGUGGUGCGCGGCUACGACAAGUUCUUCAACGUCGGCGAGGUCCCCGAGACAAAGUGGGAGAACAUCCUUACCCGGACAAAGGGGCCCUACGAGCUCACCCUCAAGGAGAACGGCUGCAUCAUCUUCGUUUCUGGUCUCGAGGACGGGACCCUGCUGGUUUGCAGCAAGCACUCGACGGGAGAGAGGAGCGACGCAGACAUCAGCCACGCCAUGGCGGGAGAGCGCAUGAUUGAGAAGCAGCUGGCUGCGCUGGGAAAGACAAAGGAGGACUUGGCGAGGGAGCUGCGUGAUCGCAAUGCCACCGCGGUGGCUGAACUCUGCGACGACUCCUUUGAGGAGCAUAUCCUCGAGUACGGCCCGGACAAGGCCGGUCUGUACAUCCACGGUAUCAACCUCAACCUUCCCGAGUUCGUCACCUACCCCAGCGCCCUGGUCCAGAGCUUCGGCGAAGCCUGGGGCUUCAAGCAAGUGGGCCUGAUCGUCAUGGAGGACGUCAACGAGGUCAAGUCCUUCCUUGAGGGGGUGGCCGAGACGGGCGCCUACGGCGACCGCGACGUCGAGGGCUUCGUCAUUCGCUGCAAGGAGAGCCACAGCCCCGACUCGGUGCCCUACCGUGACUGGUUCUUCAAGUACAAGUUCGAGGAGCCCUAUCUCAUGUACCGCCAGUGGAGAGAGUGCACAAAGGCCAUGAUCACGGGGAAGCCGCCCCGCUACAAGAAGCACGUCAAAAUCACCGAGGAGUACCUUUUGUACGCCCGCCGACGCCUCCAGGCCGACAAGAACCUUGCCCAGCUCUACCAGCACAACCACGGCAUCAUCGCGCUGCGCAACGACUUCCUCGCCUUCAAGAACAUAAAGGGCUCCGACGCCGCCAACCUCGAGCUCUCGGAGCCGGCCAACAUCAACAACGACGUCUCCCGGGACGUUAUCCUGGUGCCCAUCGCCACCAUCGGCUGCGGCAAGACCACCAUCGCCGUCGCCCUGCAGCACCUGUUCAACUGGGGCCAUGUCCAAAACGAUAACAUCUCGGGCAAGGGCCGGCCGCCGCGCUUCACAAAGGCCGUCCUCGACCAGCUCAAGGACCACCCCGUCGUCAUCGCCGACCGCAACAACGCCCAGAAGCACGAGCGCAAGCAGAUUCUCACCGACGUCAAAGUGCAGCACCAGACAGCCCGCCUCGUCGCGCUCUACUUCGCCCACGACGACAACAACGUCGAGGAGGUCCGCCGCAUCACCCAGGAGCGCGUCAUCGCUCGUGGUGACAACCACCAGACGAUCCACGCCGCCACGGACGCGGAAAAGUUCCUCGGCGUCAUGGAAGGCUUCAUCAGCCGCUUCGAGCCACUCGCUGCCUUCUCCCCGCCUGACGAUGGCUUCGAUAACAUUAUCCACCUCGACCCCACCGCCGGCAGCCGUGAGAACCUCGAAAAGGUCAUCACGGAUCUGCACAAGAUGUACCCUAGCCUCGUUCCCGAGGUGCCGCCCGCCGAGCGCCUCGACGAGGCCGUCCAGUCGGCCUUUAUCGAGUACAAGCCCGAGUUCAAGCACAACAUCCCCGACCGCGGCCCGCGCAAGGACAAGCCGGCCCACAACCAGGGGUCCCAGCAGGGCGGCAAGCAGAAGAAAAAGAAGCCCCUCGAGUACAUGUCGGUCGAUGUCCCCGCCAACGAGAUCCGCGGUGUGCUCGAUGGCGCCUUCAACAAGGCCGGCAUGCCCACCGCGCGCUUCUACAAGCAGCUCUCCCAGACCCGCCGCGUCCAGCCAAAGUUCCACGUGACCCUGAUGCACCGCGCCAGCUCCAAGGACAACUCAGAGCUGUGGUCCAAGUAUGUGGCCAUCCACGCCGAGGCCGAGAAGGAAGCCGGCGGCAAUCAGGAGGCAGCCAGCGCCCGGCCCCUGGGCGAGUGCGCCGUCGAGCUGGAGAGAGUGGUCUUCGACGACCGCGUCAUGGCCAUUGUCGUGCGCCUCGUCGAUCCCUCGGAGCAGUGGAAGUGCACCAACAACGUCGCGCACAUCACCGUCGGUACCCGCGACGACUCGAUCAAGCCCAGGGAGAGCAACGACCUCCUGGCCCGCUGGCUCGCUAAGGGCACCGGCGCCGACACGGGCAUCGACGAGGUCGUCUUCGACACCAAGCCUGUCUUGCAGGGCACUGUCCGGGGUGUCCUCUCGCGGUAA